UGAAAUCGUCAAGCUCUGGAGGUCGCCAAAGGCCUGUAACAACAAAGAUUUGACCCAAGGAGAUUAAUAGAACGCAUUAUCCUCGUAUAAUCCAAAUUCUCCGGUUGGUUCAUUUAUCAGUAACGGCUAACUUAGAUCGCUCCAUUCCAACCUAAUAUGCAAAGUUCAGCAGUUGUGUGUUGUGAGUGUUGACUGUGUGAAAACGAAACGAAGCAUCGAUGGCUAUGGCAAGAGGUGUGAUUACGAGGGUGAAGAAUGUUGUGGGUGCUGCUCUUUUCCUACGCUCUCAUACAACACCGCUAAACCCCCACCUUCACGCCUUCUCCUCCGUCUCUCGCCAUACUCCAGAGGAGAAGGAGACAAGUGAUGAAGGUGCAACGACAGAUGGAUGGGAAGAAGAAGAUGAGGAGACUGAGCCUAAGAUUGGUGAUGGGGGAAAUGGUGGUGGAGUUGCCUUGCAAAAUGUUCCCUGGGGCUCGCGAGCCCUCUCUAUUGCUGAGGAUGUUCUUACGCAGUUCAAUGAGGACAUCAAACUAUAUGCUUUCAAGACUAGUCCUCGUGGAUAUAUUUAUGUGAGAUUGGACAAAUUAACAAAUGAAUAUGGGUGUCCAAGCAUGGAAGAGCUUGAAGGCUACAAUCAAGAAUACAAGAAAAAAUUAGAUGAAGUUGGAGCACUUGGAGAGAUACCUGAUGAUUUGGCUCUUGAGGUUUCAUCUCCAGGUGCUGAGAGGAUAGUUAAAGUUCCGGAUGAUCUUAGUCGAUUCAAAGACAUGCCUAUGAGAGUCUACUAUACAGAAAGUAUAGAGUCCAAUUGCCCAGAAGUGGAUGGAGUUUUCUUGUUAGAUUCUAUAGAAAAAGAAUCAGAGAUAUGUGUUUGGAAGUUGGCGGAUGUUAAAGAGAAUCGAGAUCCUCUAAAGAAAGGCAAGCCUUUAACUCGUAAACAGAAGGAUUGGAGAUUAAAAUUGCCAUUUAACUUGCAUAGAAUGGUUACUCUGUACCUUGGAUAUUUGUAAAAUCUUUCAUAGUUUAUUCAGGAACAUAGAAUCUCUCUCUCCAAUCCCCUGUGCCACCUAACCAUCUUUAUUUUCCUUGUUACAAUGACUAGAUAUGAUAUUUGGAAGAGCUUUCGGAAAAGGAUAGUUAUUUUUGUUUAAGCUUGGUGUCAGUACACGGUGAUUUCUGGUUGUCAAAAUUUUACAUGAGAUUUGAAUAUACUUAGCUAUUUCUUUGGA